UCCUUCUAUCGAGCCGCGUUUCCUCCGCCUCUGCUUCCAAGUCGCGUCGUCGUGUCUCCUCCUCUUCGGUCGCGCACCGCUGCUCUUCAUUUACCUCAGUGGUCUCUAAAAAGAUUAUAACCACACUUGUGUUGUGUUGCUGUAACUCCUAACAAUAUGGGCAAAAAGAAAUUGUUAGAGUCAAGGUGCUCACCCUGUUAUAUUAAUGAUAUGAUGCGCCAUCUAGAAAAGACCCAUUCCGAUGCGAAGUUAGCGGAAAUAGAAGCUAUAGGCUUCGGAUUCUUGAGGCACAUCCCAAAGUGGCCUGUGAAGCAGGACAUCAUGGUGGCGUUGGCAAGGUCCUACAACCUUGAUAGAAAUACAUUGCAGCUGGAUGCUGCCAACAUUUCAAUUAACGCCGAUUUAAUUGGGCGUGUUUUCGGACUCCCUUCUGGUGGCGACGACUUCCCCUCUUUUAACGACAAGAAUGCAGCUCAUGUGGCAGUGAAAAAUCAGUUCCAUAGAAGAACACAGACCGAACUUCGCAAGUUCAUAUACGAAUGCUCAAUGGAAAGUGAAGCGGACAGGAUGGAGUUUAGAAGACAUUUCAUAUUAGUUGUUUUGAAAAUGUUCUUGUGCCCCACAACCCAACCAGCAAUCUCGGCAUGGCACAUUCCCCCAAUUCUGGAUGUUUCCAAUCCAAGAAGAUUCAUUUGGCCAAUGAAGAUUUUCAACUGGUUGAAACAGGCAAUCAAAAAGUACCAACUUAAAAAGAACAAGACAUGCGAAGGUUGCAUGUUCGCCUUGUUGGUAUUGUACUUCCAACGGCUGAAACAUGGCCAGUUAGAGCAUUGUCAAGAACCGGAGCCAUGGAUUUCUGCAUGGACUGCUGAGGAGCUAGAGAAGAAGGCAAUAAAUGUUCUUGACGAGUUUCAAACACGGCCUAAGAGAGAGAGACUAAGCUUCUUUCAGAUAAGGAAAAGGUCUCUAGGUGAUUCAGAUGAUGAUUAUCCAGUGAGUACUGGAAUGGAAGAGUCUGAUAGUAAUGACAAUAUUCCUUUGUCAUCACGCAUAGCUCUGAAUUCAAGUUUAGCAACAUCCAUCAGUAAAAAUGAUAGCUCUGUUCAAAAGGUUCUUCCUGAACCUCAGAAACGAAAUAUGCUCGAUUGUGACCAUGAUGAUGAUAUUCCCGUGAGUACUAAGAUGUGUAGUUCCCAAAACUAUGUGCAGCAGGCCAAGAAAUUAAAGAUGUCGGAAAAUGCUUCAAAACAUAACUUACUCCCUUCUUUGAAAGAGGAAGAGACUUCUAUAACACAUUUGAAAGGAAAAGAGAUAUUGUCGGGUCAGUAUUCAGAGGAAUGCCAAAAGAAGAGAGAAGCUGCAAAUCAGAAAUUUCACUUGCUAGAGAAAGAUAUUGAGGAGCUCUCGAAAAAGCUUGAAUGCAAGAAGAAACAAUUUGAUUCUAUUCACGGACAAUUGAGUUCAUAUUCUUCAAAUGUUGAAGUAAAAAAGAAAGAAUAUGAAAGGUUGCAAAGAGGCAUCGAGGGACAGAUAAAGGAGCUUGAGUCGAAAGAAAAGCGAUUUUCUGCACGAAUGGAAGACAUUGAGUUGAAGGAGAGGCAAAUUGACGAACGAAUGAUGAAACUCUAUUCAAAAGAGAAGCAAUUUGAAGGCCAAUUGGAGGAAGUUGAAUCAAUCAGGAAGAAAUAUGAAAGCAAAUUGAAGAAGAUCCUAUUCAAACAGAAGCAAGUUGAAGCUCAAUCAAAAGAGCUUGAGGCUAAAAUGAUGCAGCAUGAAGCAUCUGUAAAAUCAUUCAAAGAGCAAAAACAAGAAGUUGCAAAUUACACAGAUAAUCAAUCUUCUACUGAUAAAGGGAGUUUUCGACUUUUCUCAAGUGAACCAAAUGAUAGAGACAUUUUAGAUGUUCUCCAAUCGUUCUCAGAUCCAGCAAAAGUCACUUUGGAUAUAAUUAAGGAUCCUAUUGAUUCACAUUGUAAGAAGGUAGAUCAAGCUAUGGCUAUAGAUGAUAGCCACAUCUUCCUUCUUGAGCAGCUGAUGAAAAUCUCACCAGAUAUUGCAUCUCAUGUUAGAGAGGAGGCAAUGGAGCUUGCUCUUCAUAUGAAAGCUAAUAUGAGAUUAAGUAUUGACAAUUCAUUGGUGGUUCUAAGUUUCCUAAUGAUCUUGUCAAUUUAUAAACUAGUAUCCUCCUUUGAUGAAGAUGAAGUUUUAAAGCUUUUUGAAAUUGUUGCUCACCACAAGCCAGCUAUUGAGGUCUUCCAGAUGAUUGGUUUCGCAGAUAAAAUCUCUGAUUUUGUUGAGAAUCUUAUCAAGAAUGAGCAGUAUAUCGAAGCUGUCAGAUUCAUUUGUGCAUAUGACUUGGCAGAGAAGAAUCUAGCGGCUGAUCUCUUUCGAAAACAUGUGAACAAGGCAAAAUUGACAUGUGAGAGCAGUUGCAAGGAACCUAAGUCUAUUAAGAUCAAAGCCGCAAAACAAGAAAUCACAAGCCUCAAAACUGUUCUGCAGUGCAUUUCGGAGAACAACCAAGAAUGUGAAGAUCUGGUUAAGGAGAUUCAAGAUCGCAUUCUAGAGGUAGAAAAGCUUAAGAGAAUGAUUGUAACGACAUCUAUAAAAAAAAAUUUACAAUACCUUUUGUAAG